UGCGCAGAUAAAGUAGUGUUUCCGGUGUCUGGUGCCGCCAGCCAGUUGUUUCUAUGCUUAGCUAAACUAAGCUAAGCUAAACUUAGCUAAACUGAAAUAAUCAGCGGUCCGAUGGCGAACAGAACUGUUAAAGACGCCAACAGUAUCCACGGUACCAACCCGCAGUACCUGGUGGAGAAAAUCAUCCGGACCCGGAUCUAUGAGUCCAAAUACUGGAAGGAGGAGUGUUUCGGUCUGACCGCUGAGCUGGUCGUAGAUAAAGCCAUGGAGCUGAAGUAUGUGGGAGGAGUUUAUGGAGGAAACAUUAAACCCACGCCGUUCCUCUGCCUGACGCUGAAGAUGCUGCAGAUUCAACCAGAGAAGGACAUCAUCGUGGAGUUUAUUAAAAAUGAGGAUUUCAAAUAUGUGCGUUUGCUGGGAGCCAUGUACAUGAGGUUAACUGGAACUGCGGUGGACUGUUAUAAAUACCUGGAACCGCUGUACAACGACUACAGGAAGAUCAAGAGUCAGAACAGAAACGGAGAGUUCGAACUGAUGCACGUGGACGAGUUCAUCGACGAGCUGCUUCACGCUGAGCGGGCCUGUGACAUCAUCCUGCCUCGACUGCAGAAGCGUCAGGUCCUGGAGGAGGCGGAGAUGUUGGAUCCACGAAUCAGCGCUCUGGAGGAGGAUCUGGACGAAGUGGAGAGCAGCGAAGAGGAGGACGAAGAGGAGGAGAAGCCGGAAAGACUCCAGACGCCUGAACCCCACAGACGGGGUUACCGUGACAACGACAGACCUCGGCGUUCACCGUCACCACGUUACAGACGCAGCCGGUCGCCCAGAAGGAGGAGUCGAUCUCCAAAGAGGAGGAGUCCGUCCCCUCGCAGAGAACGCCAUCGCAGUAAGAGCCCCCGCCGCCAUCGCAGCCGCUCCAGAGACAGACGCCACCGCUCCAAGUCUCCAGGUCACCACAGAAGCCACAGACAUCGAAGCCACUCCAAAACCCCAGAGAGGAGUUCAAAGAAAAGCCACAAGAAGAGUCGAAGAGGAAACGAGUGAACGACCUGCGCUGCUCCUCCUCCUCCUUCUUCCUCUUCCUCCUCCUCCUCCUCCUCCCUCCUCCUCCCUCUUCCUCCUUCCUCCUCCUCCCUCUUCCUCCUUCCUUGUCCUCCCUCUUCCUCCUUCCUCCCUCUUCC